ACAUGGCAGGAACUCAAUGUACAGCAAUUAGCCUGUUAGCUCAUGUGGUAUUACAACUGAUACCUGAAUUCCGUUUAUUAAGAAAAUAAAGACUGUUUACACUCAAAGGAAAGCGUUUUCAAUAACAUAUUAAACCCGUUUUUACGUUUACUCAGGUUUACUGUACAGCAUUGCUUUAAAAGUGUCACAAGAGAUGUGUAGUUGAUGUAUGUUGCCUUAGAAUGCUAAAGAAUGCCACUUGCUAACUUAGCUAACAAGUAAACAUGCUACAUCAACUAGCCUUAUACACUCGUACACACAGAAGUUAUUGAAAGACAGCGUGUGGUGAGGAGCCUUACUGUAAUACCUAAACAGCAGGGAUGAAGAAGUGGAACUGGAAAGAAGGACAGCGACCGUACAGGAGACGAGGUGGGGGACAACGCCAUGGAUGGUACAGAGGAAACCGGCAAAGGCUACCACAGGAGGAACAGGCGUCUGGAUAUAAUAAUGAAGGGCCGUCAGUAAGAGCAACUCAGAGGAUAAAUGAAAACCACCCGUCCGCCUCUUCUUCGUCCUCCUCAUCUUCCUGUUCUCCCUCCCCAUCUUCUUCUUCCUCCUCUAAGACCAGUAGAGCUGCACCAGAGCUGCCUGGGUUCUACUUUGACCAGGAGAAAAAUCGCUACUUCCGCCUGUUGCCUGGACACAACAACUGUAAUCCGCUGACUAAAGAGCAGUUGAAGGAAAAAGAGAGAGAGAAAGACAGAAACAAGAUGCUGGCGGAGGAUGAAAAGCCCAGGAAAAAAGCACCAAGAAAAGGACUUAACACUUCACUUCUGCUGCAGAAAAGACACCUUGGCAUGUUACCUGAGAACUCGUAUUGCAGGCUCGUGCAUGAGGUGAAGGUCAGUGAAAUGAGACGCCACAAACUGGAGAUCCAGAGCACGGACAACACUAACCCCAACACCGACAACUUCAGACUCAUAGUGGGGGACUCUGCAUGCGAGCGAGUGUUCACGGUCAACGAUGUGUCACACGGAGGCUGCAAGUACGGCAUCAUGAACUUCAGCAGCAGCAGCCGGGGAUCCCUGUCUGUGGAAAUGUGCGACAACCUCUACUUCACAAACCGCAAGGUGAAUUCCAUCUGCUGGGCCUCGGUCAACUACCCGGACUCCCACGUCUUGCUGUGUCUGGUAGGAGCGGCAGACACCCCCGGCUGUGUCAGUUUACUUCCUGCUUCCCUCUUCAGCAACUCCAACCCAGACCAGCCCGGGAUGCUGUGUAGCUUUAAGAUUUCCUCCGCCUGGUCUUGUGCUUGGUGCCUCAACCCCCAGUUUGACAAGACCUUUAGCACUGGCCUGUCUCGAAGGGUGAUCGUAAAAGAUGCUGAGACGGGACGAACGCAGACAUACAGCACCGGUAGCGAUGUGCUGGCUCAGCAGUUUGCCCUUAGGGACCCGGUGCUGUUUAAUGGUUGCCGAUCAGGAGAGAUCUUCAGCAUCGACCUGCGGCAGCGUGGCCGCAGGGAUCAGAGCUGGAAGGCCAGCCGCUUCCAUCAAGAGUCAGCCAUCACCUCCGUACGCGUCCUGCAGGAUGAGAACUACCUGCUUGCUGCUGACAUGCUGGGCCAGAUUAAGCUGUGGGAUGUGCGUGUGACAAAGCCUGUACAGGAGUACAAAGGGCACUACAAUGAGCACGCCUACCUUCCCAUUCAUGUAAAUGAGCCAGAGGGACUCCUAUUGGCAGUCGGUCAGGAUUGCUACACCAGGUUAUGGAGCCUCAAAGAUGGCCACCUAUUAAGGACUAUCCCAUCACCCCACCCGGCCGCAAACGACAUGAUCCCCAGCGUGGUUUUCUCCUCCAAGCUGGGCGGCUGUAGGGGGCUCCCUGGCCUGCUCAUGGCCGUCAAACACGACCUUUACUACUUCCCGUACAACACCGACUACCAGGAAGGAGAUGAGCAGCCAGCCAGCUCAAUACGAAAAGACUGAAAACUAACAAAUCCUCUUCAAAACAAGGACUUUGUUUUAUGCCAAAUGUAUGGAAGGAAUUAUAUUCAUAUACAAAAUAUAUAGGUAUUUUAUAAAGACAAGGGUCGGCCAGUAUGCUGUUCAUUUUUGUGUGCGGCAUACAUGGCGAUUUCUGAAGUGAAGACAUCUGUAACCUUUACAAGAAAAAGUGCCCUUACUUAAGAAUUGGUUGACUGUGAUUUUUUUCUGUUAUUUAGGAUUUCUUUGAUCUGAUUUGAAAAGGAUGGUGCUGUGUUCAUACAGUAAAUCAACACAAUUUCUUAUUCUUAAAAAAAUGAUGGUAAACUAUUGCUUUGCAUUUGCUCCUUAAUGACACACACAGAGACUGAGUUUCUGCAGUUUAUUACAUACUGUAUGAGCAUAAAGGUAUUGAUUUGUUCCUUUUGAUAUUUCGCAUUCAUUAAACAUCUUUCUCUGA